AUGUCUACCAAUGAAGACGAAAAGCGAUAUGGCCCUUCGGACCAAAACCCAACUGGUACCAGAAUCGCAGACAUCCUUCCGGUUCCGCCAACGACACAGCCUGUUAGCGAACCCGAGAAACACGUAAAGGCAAAUAGUCUAACCGAAGAACCAACUCUCUCUCAUGCUUUAGCGACUGACGACCAUGAAGAGAAAGGAUCGGCCCAACAAGAGCACGAUGAGGAGGUAGUUGAUUUAGGUUGGAACGAGAAGAAGCAUGAUAUUCCUGCGCCGCUAGUCGGAGGCUUGGACAACGAAGAUUUAUGGCUUCUUGUUCGUAGGUUCAACAAGCAAGUAUACCACGUCAAAGAAGUCCCCACUGCUGUGCCUGGGGAUCUAGAUCUAAAUAUCGCCGACGAAGAGGAAUUCUCCCCCGAUAAGUUACGCGCCAAUGUCGAGCGUUUUUACAUGACCGUUGUGGUAGGAUUACUCGCAGCUGUGAAGCAUAUUGCACGGUUACGCUCGUGGCGUGAGACCCGGCGGACCUCGUGCUUUUGUGCGGCUUACUUCGUCGCUUGGGUAUUUGACAUGAUCGUUCCACUUCUAACACUGACUUUAAUCACCCUGAUCGUCUACCCGCGGUCGAGGGAGGUUUUGUUUCCCCCAGCGCCCCUCGCUCUGGUCGAUAGCAAAACCGGCGGCGUACAGAAGCCUAAGGCCGGCGUUCUCGGUAGCACCGAAAGCUCAACCGGGGCGCCGCAGAACUUCAAAGGCGAGGCUGUCGAGCAGGAAGCCAGCAACUUCGUCAAUAGCUUCGCUUCUAUCGUGGUUACCAGCGCCACGGGGAAACACCCGCAAGGCGCGCCCUCCACAGAGACAGGUUCUCCCGACGAUGCGGUGCCCGAUCCUACGAGGGCAACUGUAGCUGCUGCCGAGGCAAAAGACGUUGCGGCUGGAGGUAAAGCUAGCCCGGGGCAUGAUAAGACGAAAGUUCCUGUCGAGACGGCAAUGUGGACGAAGAUGAGACCUAUCAUGCACGGCAUCGCAGAUGUGUCAGAUACGUGGGAGCGAUUCGCAAACGCUCUAUCUCCUACGCCGCCGUUCCCAAGGGACGUCUGCAGACUUAGGCUUGCUGCUUUGAUCGCACCCCUCUUCCUCAUCUCCUUAUUCGUCACGUCAUAUAUGUUUAUGAAAGGGGCGACAUUUGGAAUAGGAGUUGGCUUUUUCGGGGAUCCCAUUAUUUCCCGUGGAUUGGAGUGGCUUAACCACACAUUCCCUCACUGGCAAAAGCUCCUAGAGCUUCGCAAUACGGUCCUCAAAGGGGUACCAACCAAUGCGCAGCUGACACUCACUCUCCUUCGUAUCGGCGAAGCGAAUAAGGCACCUCUACCACCUCCUCCAUGCAUCGACGAGCCGCCCCCGGAAAGGCCUACGGAAGUCACCGAUGCCGAAUUGCGAGCCACUGGGGCCGAGCCGCCGUUAAAUACAACCGACGAAGAGCUUCAGGAGGCCAUGGAGCACGAUCCACGAACCGCGCACGAGACUGGUGGUUCGGACAUAGAUGCCGCAAAGAGCUCACCCAAGCACGGUAAGCGCGGGAGUAAGAUCAUAGGCUUCUUCAAGGGGACGACGAAGGGCGCAGUUAAGGCGGUCAUCGGGACCGAUCACGCUCGGGCGACGGCGGGAUCUCAUCACGCCAAGAAUCGCCUAGGCGCUGUUCCACGAUCCAACACCAACCGCGUUUCCGGCCCCGUCGAUUUUAAAGGUCGCUACAACGGCAAGAAAGGGCACGUCUACAUCACUACCAAGUCAACCAUCCCAGCGAUAUCCUUCAGCACGGACGCGACAAUCGAGAAGAUCGAGUCUACGGAGCGAGAAGAUUUACACCCGCUAUGGACCGUGGCAAUCAAUGAUAUCGCCGAGCUUAAGAAGGUCGGGGGAUACGGAUGGAAGGCUAAAAUUGUUGUCGGCUGGUCUCUAGGUAGAGAGGUGGCCGACGGGUUGGAGAUGACGGAUCGGACGGGGAACGUACGGCGCAUCACGGCGCUGCCGAUGAGGGACGAGUUAUUUAACCGUCUUGUGGCAAUAGGAGGACAGAAAUGGGAGGCCUGGUGA